AUGAACGGCACUCCCCGCCUUACGUCUGCUUUCCCUCAGACACCUCAGACAGCUCCAAGAAGAAGGAAGCUGUUUGAGACCCCUAAUCGAUCCCAAUCUCGAGAUUUUCGUGAGAGGAGAUCACCUUCUAAAUCGCCUGUAAAGGCGCCAGUCCAGCUUCAGACUCCUACGCCUCUCGUGUCUGUUGACUUGAUUGAUGCGCCCUCACAACGACGUUACGUGGUGGCCUUCUACGUCCUGAUCAAUGCAUUGCGAGUUUAUGAAUCCUGGACUGCAUCCGAUGAAUUGGACUCCACCUGGCUCUUUCUGAAAUGGGUGAUGGUGGAUGGGAUUUUCCUAUUCGGCCUGCAAGCUCUGCGCAUACCAUGGCUCGAGUGGGCAUUCCCAACUACGCUAGCAUUGUUCCUGUUGCAUAUGGUUGGAAAUAUCUUCUUGAUGUUCCGAAUUCCGAUCCCACUUGGUGCAUGGCUUGCUGGAUUUGUCAAGGUUGCUUAUGAUCGCGAACUCUCCAUCUCCGAACGCAAGGUUAAACCUGGUGAUAUUAUCCACAAUGCCUCCUUGAUUCUAGGAAAACAGAUCGUGCAUAUUUUACCUGAAGGAUCUGCGGUUCUCAAUCCGGAGCGAGAGGCGCUCUGCCUUGAUUCUCAGACCAACAUCGUGAACCUUCCGAUUCGAGUGAACCAGACCGACCCAAUUCUCAUCGAAGUGCUGCGUCUCGACCUCAACACUGGCGAAAACGAAACAAUAACUAUUCCCUCCAAACAAUUGAAACAGAUCAAGCGUCAGUCUGAAAAGAGACAUACGACCCUAGAUCCGGUCCCUUAUCGAGAUCUCUUUGUUCCGAUCAAGAAGACUGGUAUCUAUCGUCUGCAACGAGUGGUAGAUGAAUCUCAGUUGGAUGUCCGUACCCGAAUAUCUGACACUCUGGUGGUGACCUGCCCUCGUGCUUUGAUCAAAAACUCACAUACAAAUAAAUGCAAAGGAGAACUCUCGGAUUUGCUGCUCGAGGUCGAAGGCACGCCCCCUUUGAAAAUCAAGUACAGUCGUCAGGUGAACCACCAAGACCGUGGUUUUUCGUUCCAAAAAAUUCAGCCAGAUAAUUUGCGCUCUCCAUUGUUAAGCCAGAAGCCUAGCGGUGCUCUGUUCAGUAUCAACCAGCCGGACAUCUCGUGGGCCCAGGCCCAGAAAAUCGAAGUCCCAUUGAACGAAUCAAUGAACGUGGGUGGAGAAUGGUUCUAUGCCAUAGAAGAAGUCCAUGAUGCUUGUGGCAAUGUUGCGAACUAUUCUGCCAUCUUUGAAGACGGGGAACGGCCCUCUACCAAGUCUCUGUCUCAGUGGCAUCAGUUCUCAAUUCACGAACGCCCACAAGCGUCCUUUUCGGGUUGCAGCGAUCAACGACCGCUGGAGGUUGCUCGAGGCGAUAGUGUUGAUUUACCGGUUGAUUUCCAGAAGGUUGGAAAUGGCUAUGCGAAUGAUGGUCCCUUUACAGUUGUUUACUCCUUUAGUGGUACCGAUGCUGCGCAGAAGGAUGGUGAGGCAUCGAAAGAAACUAAAACAGUCUCUCUUAAAAGUUUGGAUCAAAAGUCAGCCAUCAAAGAACCAGGAUGGUACACUUUGACAUCAGUGUCCAGCCAAUUUUGCCCGGGUGAAGUUUUGGAGCCCUCGUCUUGCUACCUACACAACCCUCCUGAACCGGAGCUUUCCAUCAAAGCCGAGAAAACCUUUGAUCGCUGUGCAAAUAAUGCGGUUGGCUUGCUUGUUGACCUGGAUUUAACAGGCUCCCCGCCAUUCCGUCUCCGCUACAGUGUCGAGAACUCGAAAGGAGCAUCUACAGAGACUCUCCGAAUAGAUGGCCUCCGGCAUCAACUAGAUUUUACUCCCAAGGAAGCAGGAUUUUACCGUUACCGCUUCUUGGAUAUUGAAGAUGCCGUCUACUCUCCGCGAUCCCUGAAAGAUAAGGUAGAAGUUUUGGAACAGGAUGUCAAGCCACCGGCUGGCGCUCAUUUCCUCGGUUCUACCGAAACACGCAAGGCCUGCUUUGGUGAAUCUAUCUCGGUGGAUGUAGCUUUCCAAGGUGAAGCUCCGUGGACUUUGCAAUAUGAGCUCUUCCAUAAUGGCAAGAGAACGAAGCAUGUACUGAAAUCGGGUGCCGGGCUGGCUACUAUCACCACGAACAAACUUGUGAACGGUGGGGAAUAUACCCUCGCAUUGACGAGUAUCACGGACAAGUCGAAGUGUAAGCAGACGCUGAAGGAUACACUGCACAUUUUCGCCCGGUCAAAACCACCCCAUGUUGGAUUCGGUCAGAUCGACAAGAAGAGGAGUGUAUCUGCUUUGCAAGGGACGAGGAUUGAAAUUCCAUUGAGGUUGAGUGGUGAGCGACCAUGGCUUGUCAAGUACAAGAACGUCGACCUCGACACUGCACCUCUCCAGAAAACUUUCUGGGAUGAGAACGGCGAUUUGACUGUGGAUCGUGAAGGUCUCUAUGAGCUUGUUGAAGUAAUUGACAACUCUUGCUCUGGAUCUGUGGAUCAAUCUACCAAGAAUUUCGAAGUAUCAUGGAUUCCUCGGCCUCACAUUGCAGCAGUGGAUGGCUCGCCUGUUGGGCCUGGCAGCCAAUACAUGAAACCUGAGGUUUGCCAAGGUGAUGAUGACAGUCUUGAGCUCCGUCUCACUGGUAACCCUCCAUUUACUAUUGAAUACGAGCAACGGCGAAAGUCAGACCGAGGAGCGUCAUCGGCACGUUCACACAAGCUGAGAACUGCUCUCAACGUCGCUUCUGCGGAGAUGGAUACUUCUGAGCCUGGUCUAUACACGUACAAAUUUACGGAGAUCGGCGAUAAUCUCUAUGAUAAUGACCCCAAGAGUAGUUCUCUGGUCGUGACACAGAAGGUCAACUCGCUCCCAACUGCCCGGUUUGAUUCACCCGGCCACAUCUACGGCUUCUGCAAGGAAGAUGUGAGCGGCGAGGAGACCAUUCCUAUUACCCUCGAAGGUCUUCCGCCAUUUUCCUUAGAGGUCACCAUCAAGCACCAUUCGAAUGCCAAACCAGAAAUUGUCUCCAUCCCUAAGAUCAACUCAAACCGCCACAACUUGCCUCUCCCUCGCCGCUAUCUCGACCUUGGCCAACAUGUGGUCAGCAUUCACAAGGUCCGUGACUCGCGCGGCUGUCAAAGGACUACUGAAUUCGAUGCCUCCUCUGUUCGGGUAUCCGUUUCUGAUGUGCCUACCAUAAUUCCACUUGAGUCUAAGGUUGAUUACUGCGUGGGUGAAAGACUUUCGUUCUCCCUAUCGGGACAUGCCCCCUUCGAGGUUUUCUAUACCUUUGACGGCGCUCAGCGCAAGGCUCAUUCGCAGAACACUAACUUCCGCCGCAUUGCUGAACGCCCUGGACAAUUCACCAUCACUGCUGUCGGUGAUGGGGCCAGUGGAAAGUGCAAGGCCCACAAGGAUAUCACUAAAAUAAUCCAUGAAAUGCCAAGUGUGCGCAUCAGCCAGGGGCAGGUUUCAGUAGUGGACAUCCACGAAGGUGGAGAGGCUGAGCUUCACUUCGAAUUCUGGGGAACACCGCCAUUUGAAUUCACCUACAUUAGAAGCUCCAAUGCCCGCAAGGGCAAGAAGUCAGAGGUCCUUGACAUCAAGCAUGAUAUCUCUUACGAACACCGCAAGAGCAUCAAAACGUCCGACGAGGGCACCUACGAGGUCGUGGCGAUUAAGGACAAAUUCUGCUCUUUUUCCUCGCAAGUGCCGACAGGCAAGUCGGACCGGGGAGCUUCAUGA